AUGACGCCGAGUGCUGGCCAUUGUCCCAGAGACCCGGACAUCCUUGUCAUGGAGGGGUGGGGACAAGGAUUCCUGGUGGGCUCCCUUGUUGUCAUGAUUGCCAUCACCGCGGCCAACAUGAAAAAAGGGAUGCUCUUGCACAAACGCAUCGUGGCAGAGCUUACCCUGGCCCUCGGGCACGGAACGUUCAUCUUUCUCCAUGUGCCUGCCCAGGGCUGGUAUCUUUCGGCCACGGCCGUCGGCCUCACGAUUUCGCACACCCUCCACAACGUGAUUACAUGGAUGAAAAUAUGCGGAUUCUUCACCCCUUGGGGCGCGCGACUCUAUCUGAUCACCCUGCUGGCGGCCCAGCCGUACUGGGUCGUCGAAAUCUAUGGCAAUUUCGCCUUUUUCAAUCGGGGCCAGGUCUUAUAUACCACCACUCGGCCACGAGCCGCUGUUCCGGUGUGGGACCCUUGGUGGAUCUUCACUACUUGCCUUCUCCCGUACAUCAUCCAACGGGGUUAUGGGUGCUCGCUGGUGCAACUGAUCCGCAUUAGCCCACGCUACCCCCCGGGGAUGGAGCCGUUUUGGAAGUUGACGUUUGUUUUCAAAUGCCUGAGCGACACCAUCAUCUUGAAUGACUACGGGGGCGCCCUGGAUCGACUGCGCUAUCACUACCACCCGGACGGUGUGCCACCCCAGGAGGCCACGCGCGCUCGCGGUCGGAGCACAAACCGGCUUGUGGACAGUGUACCUGAAGCGUCUGUCAAAUGCCCUGAUCCAGUAUGUCGUCCACCUGACAUGGUGUAA